UCGGGUGUGUGGGCGGAGCCUGCGGCGUGUUUCCGCUCUGAGGCCGAACAGACGAAGCUGAUCUACGCAGGAAAAUCUACCGACGAGCGGCGGAACGUUUAUUUAACCCGGAGACUGAGCUCCAGACUUCACGUGUCGAAUCUACCGGGAGCUCGGUAUCUGCACCGAGGUUAGAGGAGGAGGAGGAGGCCGAAGAGGAAGAAGCAGCCGGAGCAGGAGGCAGCUGGACUGUCCGCUAUGGAAGCCGAGUUUCGGGAAAUCGAUGACAACGGGAGCUGGAGCUGCGUCUACCAGGAGAUCCGUCACCAGUCUUGUGAACUGCCAUGCAAAUUUGCCAAACUACCCGAAAAUAAGAAUCGGAAUCGCUACAGAGACGUGAGCCCAUUCGACCACAGCAGAAUAUGUCUGCAGCUGGGAGCCAACAACUACAUCAAUGCCAGCCUCAUCACAGUAGAGGAGGCAAAGAGGAACUAUAUCCUCACUCAGGGACCCCUUCCAAACACAUGUGGCCACUUCUGGGAGAUGGUGUGGGAGCAGAGGAGCCGCGGUGUGGUGAUGUUGAACCGAGUCAUAGAGAAAGGAUCUAUCAAGUGUGCCCAGUAUUGGCCAUUCAGAGAAGAGAAAGAUGCUAUUUUUGAAGAUACCAACUUCAAGCUCACCCUCAUCUCAGAAGACAUCAAAUCUUACUACACAGUCCGUGUGCUGGAGCUGGAAAAUCUGUCUACUCAGGAGACCCGUGAGAUUUUACACUUUCACUACACCACCUGGCCUGACUUCGGGGUACCAGAGUCUCCGGCCUCCUUCCUUAACUUCCUGUUCAAGGUGCGAGAGUCUGGGUGUCUGAAUUCAGAUGAGGGACCAGUGGUGGUUCACUGCAGCGCUGGCAUCGGUCGCUCUGGGACCUUUUGUCUUGUGGACACCUGCCUCUUGUUGAUGUCCAAACGUAAGGAACCGUCUUCAGUUCGUAUUCGCGAUGUGCUGCUGGAGAUGCGGCGCUAUCGAAUGGGCCUGAUUCAGACAGCAGAUCAACUUCGCUUCUCCUACCUCGCUGUCAAUGAAGGUGCUAAGUACAUCAAGGGAGAUACAUCCCUGCAGGAGUCAUGGAAAGAGCUGUCCAACGAGGAAGACGAUCCUCCAGAGUUCACCCCUCCUCCUCCUCUUCCUCCUCCCAGAGACCCUUACAAUGGCAAAAUUGAGCCGUCUUUUUUCCCGGAAAAUGAUGAAAUUGUCCGACACAAGCAGACCUGGACUUUGGGGUCCUCACCAGAGUCAGAGCUGCGAAAGAGGAACAUUGCUGAUGCACCGCCUCCCCCUGAUCAGGCUGACCAGCUAGAUGGUUACACGGUAAUCCAAGAGCCGACCUCCGAGGCUCCAACCAAAUCCCAGCAGCAGCGCGAGCCCGAGAAUCGGGAGUCGGCCAAGGCAGCGGAGCAGCCAAAGGAAAGCCCUCCUGUGCCAGGGGCUUGGUCCCCUCUACUAGCCAACAUGUGCCUGUGCACGGCGCUGGCUCUCAGUGCUUAUGUCUGUUAUCGGGCGUAUUUCCACUGAUGUCUGUCCCUCCUCCUUUAUGUUUCUCCUCCCCGUCUCUCCACUGAGAAAAGUGGACUGCGCUGGCCAAUCAGCCUGCUUUGACUCUGGGUCCUCAUCACCCAACCAAACCUUCUGUCAGUGUGUCAUCAUGGAUGCUCAGGGCCUCAGUUUUUCAGGUGUGUUGAAUAUGUGUAAACACAGACUCAACAAUACAAUGACACGUUUUGCAAUCAGUAGUUUGUUUUAGCUCCCUGCUCCGUGUACCAGGAUGAAUGGCCCAUUUUACACUUUAUUUACCAAAUGAGUUCUUCCAUUUCAAUCUUUAUCAAUGUGUCCGUUGUGAUUUCUCAUUUUCCCUUAGUUCUCUUACUCAAAUCAUCAAUCCAGAUCUUUGACCAGCCUGCCUGAAAAUAUUCUAGUAAGGUAGACGAUUUAAAAACAUUCUUGAGUUCUGGGUCAAUUUUAAAUGGUGUGUAUUUGUAUACACACAGAGCAUCUCCUUGCAGUACUUUCUCGAUCAUACAUCGCUCAUACACUGCCGGCACAGCAGUCGGGCCCUUCUGAUUCGUGGGCAACCCCCUUCUACCUCCUAAGCCCCAGCCGCCCAUUAAACCUGUAAAAUAAGGUGAAGUGUGUAAAAGUAAGACGGAGUGAAUCCUGUUUCCACUAGAUAAGAGAUGCAUGUUGGGAUGGGCACUGACAUUGUUAUCUGCCCUCAGUUGUGGGCUGCAGGAGACUGGUCCGCUCAGUGAGAAGUAUUAAUACAUUUACUGGACAUUAAAUGUGAGAUAUGUAUCCGAGGCGUUCUUCUCUCCCUGGUAGCUCAACAGUGACACAGACUGGUAAACAGUCUGUGUUAAUAAAGCAGCUUUCUAGUCUUGAUGACCACUCAAAGAGCUUCACCUUUUCACACACUCAUUCAUACAGUGCAUCUAUGUGCAGCCCUUUCUCUCUCACACACCACUCACACUGUCGCCACAGCCAUCUUUCAACAUUUAGGGUUCAGUACCUUGCCCAAGGACACUUGUGGAAUAGGGAAAACUGGGAUCGAACUGCCAACCUUCUGCUUAGAGGACAAUACGCUCUUCCCACUUGAACAGAACGACUCUGAAAACAAAAUGGUGCAGGAAGAGGGUGAUAUGUGACUAUUUCCAUUUGCCUGGCAUUCUUUAAUUGACACUGGAAUGAUAUAGACAUCUUAAGAUGUUUGGGUUUUUUUUUUUUUAAAGGUCUUUCUUUAAAGGCUUUUCCUCCUUUUUCAGUCAGUGGAUAAAAAUGUUUGGAGGAUUUUCACAGCAAGAGAAUGUGUAACAUAACCUGAAAGCAGCUGAUGCAUGUAAUCGAAUGUCAGACACAAAGUAGCUCACGCCUGUUUCGCCAGCAAUACAAACCCUUAAUAACGUGUCACCCUUUAUGUUAACGAAGUCAGUGUCACAGGUAACCGAGGAUUUUGAACAAACCAAAAAUCAAACACCAGCACAGGGAUGAAAACAAUACACUGUAGUAAUAAUCUGUUGCAUCGUGGCGCAGCCCCGAGCUGCCAAUGUUUUGUAUGAUUAUGUUCUUUUAAAGCAUGCUGCAUUUGUGAAUCAACAGGUUUGUCCUAAGAAGAGAUUAGUUGAGCUGCUAGCAUUGAGUUUAAUUUGUGACUCGCCAGAGUUCAGUGCUUGAGUCUGACAGCUGUACCUUCCUUUAGAAUGUAUGAAUGUCCCGUCCGAGGACAAACCCUUAUUAUUAGAUUAUAUAUUUUUUUCAAAUCAGGUUUCAGUGUGCUGAGUUGUUUUUUUGUUUUUUUUUCUGCUUUAGCAAGGGAUGAAAUCUCAGCACCUGUGCAGCCAUUGCACCAGGUUUCCCUGUUUUUCUACACUUACGCUGAGCUUAAAAACAUGUAUUUUUUUAUUUACAUUUGUUGUUUUACUUUUUAAAUAAAAAUUAAAAAAUCUACAGA